UCUCUCUCUUUCUCUUUCUUGCUCUCUUUUUUAACUCCAUCCUCUAUCCUCUCCCUCCUCCAGCUUGCUGCUCUCCUAUCUCCCCUCUUCUCCUCAUUUCAUCUCAACUUGGAACUAUCAGCGCAUUCAUUUUUUAAUGACACUCAUUGCAGGCGCUCAGUGUCUCUCCCCCCGUCUGCCUCUGCUCCCAGCUCCCCUCUUCACCACCUGUUAGUCUCCCAUCUCCUCCCCGCUCUGGAAUCCCCUGUUUUUCCCUGUUUUUUAUGAGGAGUUUCACGCUCGUUCUUUCUCUGAGCCCUAUGACUGUGCGGAAAGGAAAUCGUUUAGGCAUCUCCAUCCAGGAGCACAUGGCCAUCAAUGUCUGCCCAGGCCCCAUCCGUCCCAUUCGUCAGAUCUCUGCAUACUUCCCUCGCCUCUCUCCUACUUCCUCCUUCUCGGAGCCCCUGUCACCCAAUCAGCUGACUGCGCCUGCACCAUUAAGCCCUGGCAGCGCAGGUCAAGGUGGAGGAGCUGUUGGAGGAGGAGAUGGAGAAGGAGGAGGAGGAGCAAAUAGAUGCCUUUUGCUACCAGGAGCUGCAGGAGGAGGGGGGUCACUGUCAGCCAUGAGCAGCAUGGACACCUCCAUUGAGAUCGACAGCUGCGACAGUGAUGAUAACACCUCCCUGGGGACGUUGGAGUUUGACCUUCUGUAUGAGAGAGCCACCAGCUCCUUACACUGCACAGUCCUCAAAGCAAAGGGUUUGAAGCCGAUGGAUUUCAACGGUUUGGCUGAUCCCUACGUGAAGCUGCAUCUGCUGCCAGGAGCCUGCAAGGCUAAUAAACUGAAAACAAAGAUUGUUAGAAACACACUUAACCCAGUGUGGAACGAGACUCUCACCUACUGUGGCAUCACCGAGGAGGACAUGUACCGUAAAACUCUCAGGGUGUCUGUGUGUGACGAAGACAAGUUGACACAUAAUGAGUUCAUCGGGGAGUCGAGGGUGGCCCUGCGCCGUGUGAAGCCUGACCAGACCAAACACUUUAACAUCUGUCUGGAGCAUCCACCUCCUCUGCCUUCGCCGACGGCGAUGAGCACAGCCCUGAGAGGAAUCUCCUGCUACCUUAGAGAGUGGGAGACGGAGCAGCAGAGAAGUCUGGAGGAGAGGGGCCGUUUGCUGCUCUGCCUCCAGUACCUCCCCCCGAACGGUGACAGCGAAUUGAAGGGCGAGGCCAAGGAGAGAGCUCGGGGAGGGCUAUGCGUGGGCGUCAAACGCUGUGCCCACUUGGCAGCCAUGGAUGUCAAUGGCUUCUCAGACCCCUACGUUAAAACGUACCUGAAGCCAGAUGUUCAGAAGAAAUCCAAACACAAAACAGCAGUGAUAAAAAAGACCCUGAACCCAGAGUUUAACGAGGAGUUCUUCUAUGAAAUCACCUUCUCAGAGUUAGCCUCUAAGACACUGGAGGUCACAGUGUGGGACUAUGACCUGGGGAAAUCCAAUGACUUCAUAGGGGGGGUAUCCUUUGGGUGCCACUCACAGGGAGAUGCUUUGCAGCACUGGAUCGACUGUCUGAAAAACAAGGGCACCAAGGUGGAGCGCUGGCACACCCUAACCAACGAGCUGCCGGGCUCCACCCUGCAGGAGUGAACUGGGCCUCCAUCUUAGUGCUGACGCUGAAGGAAAAGCACUUGAAGUCUCGGACUGGGGGACGUUUCACCGCAUGCUCUUGAGACUUUCUGCAUGACUUUGAUGGAUUCAUACCCUGCUUACUUUGUCUCAGUACUGAAAGCAGCAUUCCAAUCUGUACUCUAAUGUUUGAUCUAGAGGGACCUGACUUAAGAUAUUCAGACAUUCAUGUCUCAUGAGAGAAUUUAAUGGCUGAGUAAAAUCACCAAACUGGUUUAAUCUAAUUCAACAAGAAAAACCUGGAAAUACUGCAUGUCUGUGUGAGCAGGGAGACAGUUUUAAUCAUCCUGCAGUUUGACUUCCACAUGGGGUCCCUCAUGUCAGGCGUGCUUGCUUUUAUUAAAUCCUGUCAGUAAUUUUCAUUAACUCCUGACAUUAAAUCUGGACGUUAAAAUCCUGCAGCGCUCACACCUCUCCCUUGCAAUAUCUUUUUUUUUCUCUUCCCUGAUGCUUCCAGUAAUUUCUAAGUGGUCUUAAUCCUGUUGGUGGGUUCCAAUCUAUUGAUCUGCCUGUCACUGGGUUGCCUUCAGAUGGCCCAGUCUGAUAAGAUAAUUAACUCUUUUAAUGUUGAUGGUUCCUGUGAGUUGUUUGCAUGUUUGAUGUUGAUGGAGCUGGACCUCGUGUCGAGCUCUUCUGUUUAAAGUAAAGGGAAUUUUAAUCUAAAUCACAUUUCAAUGUUUGAUGUGUCAGCUCUGAUAUUUCUGUGUCAGGUUCUUGUCAAUGCCUUUUUUUUUAUAUAAAUGAAACAGAGGAUGGUGGUUUGAUUAAGCACAGAGAGUCUUUACAGCUGACAAGUGUGCAUGGUUGUUGUCCGAUGCAUUAAAUGACUUCUUCACAUUUUGUUUUAAACAAAAUAAGAGAUAAACUGUGUUUAAAAAGUUGUACGGUAUCCCUCUGUCUCUGCUGCUUGACCAAGCUGCAGGGUUGAUUAGUGGUGAAUUAAGGCUAACACUGCUACUAAUAUUGAUAAUACUGGUGGUGUUCAUAUGGAAAUACAUUCUGUGUUUUAGCUGUUUUGAAUAUUUGUCCUUUUAGGAAGUGAGCAUGAUUGUUGUUUGCUCUUUAUAAAACAUGUUUAUUUAUAUAUAAAUGGUUCCAAAGUGGCCUCUGUGAAUCUCUGAUGUUAUGCACAGCCCAGUGGCUUCCUAAUAAAGCUAAAU